AUGGCACUGAGGCUUCCAAAAGCGCAGUGGAAAGUGACUGAGAGGGGCCGUAUCGACCCCAGCCAGAAGCAACGCAUUGUCCAUUCGUGAGCUCCUCUUCCGGCUCUGGUAAACAUAUUGUUCGCACUACUUUCGACAAAGGAGCUGGCCUGGCUAGCUUCAUCAGCGCUAAACAAAACAUUUCGUAAAUUGUCUCCCCUGCUUUUUAGUUUGCUUAUUCAUUUGUUUGUAGAAAGAAUUAAAAAAGAUAUGUGCUUUUACUGGAAGUCUAAGUCGAAGAGAUAGAACGAAAGGUAAUAAUUUCAACGUUGUUUUUCAAUAUCCAUCAUUUUAUUGUUGAAAUCGUUCCAAGUUUUCUUUUAAUAGAAAAAAGUAGGAUGACAGUGAUGACUUUAAAGAAAAUUGGACAAUUCCUCGAAAAUUACAAGAAUUAGGAUUCAAAUGAAUUUUGAAGAUAAUAAAGAGAGAUGACAAGUGUUGUAAAUGUUGGACGUUUUUUUGUCCGAAGUAGCAUUUGCGUUUCGAGUAUUUUGAAUUUUAACUAGAACACAUAUCAAACUAUGAUUUCAAAUCGUUUAUAUACCAAUAUCGUGUAAAUAAUUGUUGAAUCUCUCGUGGAGGAUCACCCGUUCAACAGGUAGUCUUGCCGAGCCACGUCCACCGGAGUCUAAUUCCCAUUCGCCGACCACCGCCGUCCAUAAUGCACCGAUUGGUAAAUUGAAAAGCUCGCUGUAAACGAAUAUCGAUCAAUUUCAUUGGUAUCGAGAUAUUUUACACGUCUAUUUUUUUUAGCUCUCUAAGAUGGUUACGUCAGAUACGUCUAAACUAUCUAAGAUGCAAAUAAUAUUAAUUAAAAUAAAUAAUAAUAAUUGAAAUAAAACAUUAUUCUAUUACAAAAGAUAGUUUAAAAGUUAAAUUAAUUUUCACAGGAUUUAUAUUUUUUUUAUCAUCUUACAAUUAACAUAUGCAGUGAACUUUAAAAAUAGUAUGCUAAUUCUGUGUGCUAAUUUUCAUGCUAGAUAUUUUCCAUAAAAUAAACUGGUAAUCUUGAAAUAUCCUUGCAACUCUUUUUUUAUGAUAUGGUCCCCUUCAUAAUUUAAUUCAUAUUUUCAUUUUGUUCAAAUUGAAUAAUCUUACCAAUAGUUGCACAUGUAUAUAAACGUAUUAUGCAUAUAUGUUUAUAUUGAUAAAUUUAAUUAGAUAAGUACGUUUCAUAUUUGUAUCAAUGAUAAUCUUAUUAACUCAAUAUAUUUUUCCAGAUACGCUAUACCGAUAAUCUACCGACAAUCUGAAACAAAACUGGUUACUAAGCCCUUAUAGUUGGAAUGAAAAGUGAGACCCACUUGUGAAUGCAAUGAGCAGCUGUGACGACCCAAGUGGGCUCAAUGAGAACACCGCCGCACCAGUGACCGAUAAAUCCCAACUUUGGAUGGAGGAGCUGCAGGGACACCUGCCAAGGCCAAGAGCCUCGUUUACUCGGCUUUCCAUUGAAUAUCCGACCUGUCGUGCUUCCGGUGUCUUUUCCCUCUGCCACAGAGGAGGAAGUGACAUUUUUCACCGACAGAAUCGCACGUGGCUGCCUAUGCGACGCUGCUGGACAUCCGCACGCUGUUAUUAUAAAAACUCAAGUUUCCCACUUAGUUGACUUUUACUCAUAGUCAACGAAUGUUGUUUACCGAGCGAUUCGAUGAUUUUUUUUUUUUUUUAACAUCUAUUAUAUCCGACAUUGAUAGAACCUAUAUUGGACGUUUUUCAAUUAAUGGAUGUUCAAUUCAAAAAAUAAAGGUGAUAAAUAACUUUCAAAAGUUAAGAGAGCUUAAGAGGCUUCGAAACACCCAAAAAAUUUGCAAUGUAAGUCAGAACUGUGAGAAUUAUUAAAAGUCAAUUGUAUUUUAUAAUAUUAGUUGAAACAAUUAAAUAUCGGCUACCUAAUAUAAUAGUACUUUGGAAUAUAAUUUCUGUGAUGAAAUGUAAUUCCACAAUUUUUAUUUGUAACUUUAUAGAGACAGACUUAAAUGAUUAUUAACUUGCGAAAGAAAGACUGUCUAACUGUGAUCUAAUUGCGUCUAAGUGUACAUUCAUUGCAAGUUAAAAGUGAUUUGCAAAGUAAGGAAAGCUUUCUCUAUAUCUAACUAACAGGAGUAUAUUUUAUAAAAAUACACUGUGACAUUUAAAAGAUAAGCGUGAAAUAAAAAAAAUGGUAGCUUAACAUCGAAUUAUACUUACAGAAAUGAUUUUCCUGCACGAUCCUCAAGAUCGUGCAAUCAGCAUCCGCGAGAAUGAAGAGAAGUAUCGCCAGGCCACCGCGGAGAUUCAUUUCCAACGAGAAACGCACACCAUGUACACAACUGUCUUCUGUCAAGCCUGUACACUUUUACUAGCUCAUACUCUUCAUGUUCUUUUAACUUUUAACUUUUACAAUGUACGCGAAUUGAAACUUCUCCUUGGUUAAUCAAUUUUUAUUAUUUUUCGGUAACAUGGCGACGAUAUUGAAUAGACAAUUUGGAAGAAAAAAAGAUGAAGGAAAUACUUCAACGAAGAGAAGAUAUGUUUAUAAAAAUUUGCAACGUUUGCGACGUAGGCAAGUAGCAAUCCUUGUGGCGGAUCGUUCACUAGAACGAGUAAAUCCUUCGAAGGAACUUACUUAGAAGAAAGUGAUCGUUGACGAUUCUCUGAUCGAAGAAGGGGAAUAUAGUUGCGAUCGCGACGAACCAGUGGAAACUGGCAGCUCUUAAACAGACGAAUAUCGCUCUCACUAACGAAAGUUACCUCUCUGCCGUCACUAUUUACUUAUCUUUCUCGCUCUUCUCGUACCAAUUAGAAACGUCCCUUGGCCAAUGAGUUCCCUUCUUAAUUAAACUAGCCAUUUAAUUCUUAAGUUGAUCUUUUUAAGAAUAGAAAAAUCUUUCAUCAAAUUUCAAUGACUCUGUUUUCGGGAGAAGAAAGUCUUCGUGGGGGGGAAAAAGGUGAAUUCUGAUGUUGAAGUUGAAAAGACACUGUUUCGACUCUAUUCUCAAUUAAUGAGAUGAUCAGCCAGUGUAAUUUUAUUUAGCCUAAUUGUAAUUAGUCAGACUUAACGCGAUAUUUAAUUUAGUAUUAAUUUCAUCUUAAACUUGAUAAAUACACACACACAUACACAAUUUUGCAUCUAAAAAAAGCGAGAAAUUUGGGAUUGAAUAUUCUAAAUUAAAAAAUGAAACUGUUUUCACAGCAAACUCUGUUUGAAUCUAGAAAGCUGAGUCUUCUGUCAAAGAUGUUUUCUGUUACAGAUCUCCCUUUCAAUCUAUAACGUAUAAUCAGUUAUGAAUCAUUUAGUCUUAUAGUUUCUCAUAAUUACGCAUCAUCGAGGAACAAACGUUCUCUUUCUUUUUCUUUCUUUCUUGGCUGACGUCGAAUUACCCGAUCAGCAAACCUGUUAAUCAUUCUUUCGUGAAACGUGUUCUCGCUGAAAAACACGUGCAGCUUAUUAUCAAUUUCACUAGACUCACUAGAUGAAGAAUGGAAGGAGAUAUCAGUUGAGCAACGCUGAGCAGCGAACUCGAAGGACUCUUCAAAAAUUCAAUCAUAACUUGUAGAGUUGGUGUUAUCGAGGCCAUUUCCACAGCGCCAGCGAGGAAAGCGAGGAGGAAUGCACUGUGACGUCGAGAUAACUAUUUACAAGUUCAACACGUUUCGCGAGAAUGUUUUUGUUUAACGCUGCUGAUUCGUUCGAAGGCAAUUAUCUAGUAUUAUAAAUUACGAAAUUCCACAGUGAGCGACUUUUGGUUGAAACAAGACAGGAAGAAUGUGAACGAGAUUUCCUCCUUUCUCGAAAGAAAGCGACCCGAGGCUUUUUCACUAUCAGUCAAAAGUUGACUCUUGUUUCUGCAGAGUGUGGAUAAAGUUUAAUGAUCUGUGCGUUCAACUGUAAAAAUAUACGUUUUUCGACAUGAAAGACCAAUACGCAUUUUCACUCAUUAAUUACCAGGGAGAAAGUUUAAAAAAAACUGCUUUCUGAUCUUCUUAAAGAACGUGGCUGUCUGCUUGGGUAUUUUUCAAUUUUUAUCCAACUUGUCACAUUUUAAAAUCUGAUAAAUACAAAUUCUUUUUAUCUUGCUGUUAAUAAUAAAUAAAUGCAGAAAGCGUUAUAUUGGACGAACUAAAAAAAAUUAAAAAAUAGGAUCGUUGAGGGAAGAUGGAUUUAUGAAAUAGUGCAAAAGAACGCAUCAAGAUCAUAUUAUUUAUAUUUUGAUCAAUCAGCUGUGACGUUGGACUAUUGGUGUGGACUAUUUAUAUAUGGGUAUAUUUAUUUAUUUAUUUAGUUAUUUAUUAUUCUUUUUUUUUUGUCAUUACAAUCGAUUGCUUUCUCUCAACAAUUUCAGUCGAUACAGAUUAAUCGUAAGAUUCGAAUUUACAGCAAUGCAUCGUGAGUAAGCAAAUUAGCCUAAUUGAUACUGCGUUUCUCUCGAGAUCAAACAGACUCGGGAAAUCGUUACAUGUACAAUUAAUAAGCGUGCUGAACGUGUAAAAAGACGGAAUAGAUUGAAUCCAUAUAGGAGAUAAAAAUUGCUACAAAGUAUCUUAUCAAAUGUAAUUGACAAUACAAUGAUAUAUAUAGUCAAUCAGAACGUCUCCUAUUAAGCAAUAAGAAACAAAAAAAUUGUACUUGUUAAUGUUGGACGAUUGCAAAUGUACUUUAUACAGAUACAUAUCUGCUCGAAUUUUUUUUUUUCUCUUCAGUGUUUUCAAAGAAGUUCCAACGUCGGAGAUGCACGAUAAACAUUCGCAAGAAGGUAUCAGCAUUUUUAACAAAUAAAAUAUCGAUGUGAACCGAACGAUCAAACGAACUGUGACAAAGUCUCUCACCUGUUGCAAUCAUUCAGCAUUUUUCUGAAAUUUCGUUUCAUCGAAAGUCCAAGCAAAAAGAAGGAAAAAGAGACGAGAAAGGAAAUCGAAAUACCCGCGUUCAACUGUGUCGUGGAACAACGAACAGUUCGACCUCUCUAUUAAUUCCACUGCAUCAGUAAAUCGGUAUACAAUUCAUCGAUGUGCGUAAGUGAAUAAACGAGUGUAUUUACAAUAUCGAUAGAGACAAUAUUUAUAGACGUCGAAAAGUUUAACAAACAGUUUCUCGUGCUCUUUUAGAUUUUAGAUCCACAGUCAAUUACGACUUUAAUCGAUCGACGACUAGUGAUUGUAACAGCAUUGCAGGGAAACGAUCACGUUAUAGUUACGAAUCAACAAAUUGCACGAGUAAAGGUAAUCCCAAGCGGACGACAGAAGACGUCGGAAGAAGACGCGAGGAGUCUCGAGGUUUAUCUCUCUUUCUCAAUUCUUUCGAUCUCAAGUCCAUCGAAAGAUAAGAAAAAUCUUCAAAUUCGUAACGCGACAUUUCCCUUCACAGACGAUUGCUUUCUUUUUUUCUCUCUCUCUUU